AUGGCCAAAUCACCCCAGGUCAAGGACGAUUCAACAGUCGAACACAAUGAUGACCCUGAUCAGCUCUUUGUCGAGGCUAGUGUAGCCGAGGUACGAGCCAUUGAGAAGCGUACAAGAGCCGACAUUGAGACACAGAAACAAGAGUUACGAUCCAUGGUUGGCGAACAGUACCUCGAGCUUAUAUCAGCAGCAGACGCCAUUGUUGCCAUGAAUAAGAACGCCCACGCCGUCCUCGAUAAGCUUGAUAGCAUGCAAACAGCCUGUGACAUCUCCACAAUCAAAAAACGCGCUGAAGCUGUUCGAUCAGAUCAAUACGAGAAAGGACACAAUCAGAAACGACAACAUCUCUUUGCUCUUGCUGCGUUGAUCAAAUCAUUGGCUGAUGUACCUGAACAGAUAUGGCAUGCACUUGAAAACCAUCGAUACCUUCAUGCAGCAAGAUUAUACGCCAUUGCAAAGAGAGUCCAUGACACGGAUAUGGGAUUUGUGGAUGUUCAGGCCGCCUUCCCUGUUGUACAACGGCAAUGGGAUGCUGUCAGUUUCUUUCUACCACAAAUCAUUCAAAAGUCAACAGCUUUCUUACGGAUACCCGAUCAGACAUCGGAGAGCGUAGCAGAAAUCUUAUUAUCAUUGAUGCUUUUGGAUGGUCAAGUAUACCUCGGCACCAUGGAGCAACUCCUUGAGAUACGCAUGGCAGCUAUCAACGACAUGGUCAGCAGUAAAGAGCAUCGUUUGCCCUAUCAGCUCAAAGAGAUCAUUCAGCUUGUACAACGCACUCUCGUUCAUGUCUAUGAGAUCUAUCUACAACGGCCACUUCUUGUGAAUUGUGUCGAGCAGCUGCAGGAUAAUUUCAUGAUGGGCUCUUCUUCAUCCUCGACCUUACCAGCCAUUACGCGUGUCUUUGCACCAAGCACUAACGUCCACUUGUUGAUGCGAUAUCUUCCAGAAAACGUGCAAAGUUAUACACCUCAGCUUGAAACUGGUCAGCCAUUACUGCCUGGUGAUAUUCGACAAUUUGCUCAAGCUUGGAUUCAAAACGUGGAAGAAUUACUCGAGGGCCAUCUUGAUACGAUGCUGGAGCAAGCCGACACACAUCAGACAUUGAUUCAAAUACGAUCACGUGUAUGGGACUUGCUUGAAACAGCUGAAUCCAAUCAUCGUCGCAGUGGAAUCAUUUUGGAAACCAAGGGUGCAUCUUGGAAGGAGACGUGUGAAGGACUUUUGGAACGGCCUUACUCUCUCUGGGACAACAUGCUGCGAGAUCCUUUCAAUAGACAUGCAAAGAAGUUGAUUGAUACUCGUUGUCAAGCAUUGGCGAAGCAACCACAUACAUUGAUCUCAAAGCGGAUACAAGCCAAAGAAGCAUGUCCUGUGGCUCUUGAUACGACGACACUUCCAUUGCCCACCUCUUCUUCCUCCGAUGCCAUUCAAACGUUUAUCAAGUCUCUCACAGACGCAUCCCAAGGCCGUCAUCGUUUGAUUAAAGAGACUCAAGCUGCAUUUGACGACGCCUUACAAGCCAUGCGAGGCGAUGUUGAACAUCACAUGACUUUCAGUGAUAAGCACAGCUUCCAAUGCAAAACGGACACCGCUUCCAUCAAGGAGUACUUUGAAAGUAGCUGUGCCAAUGCCAUAUCUGAAUACACCUCAGGAUUACGAAAACUACUGGAUGAGCUGCAUAGUUGGACAGAUGAGAAAGCAGCAAAUGACAUGGGGAUCUUUAUUGGACGUCUGGCAAAUGCAAUUGCAAUUUCAUCCAAGGAGCUGCCCCGUGCCUUGACAUUGAGCAGGCCAUCAACACAUGGGACCCUGGAGUUACGAAGCGGGAUUGAUAAGGACCCAAGGGUGAAAAAGCUUCAAGAAGAGCUCAUCGCUACAUAUCACCAAGCUCACGAUUCAUGGAUCAACAUGGUAUCCAGCAAAUUUGGACAUGCGCUUCAAAAGGGAUUAUCUGAAAACCAAUGGAAUGAUCAAUGUGCAGCAGCGCUCUUGUGGAGUAAUGUUGGAGAUGAUGUGCAUUUGCCGAUCCAAGCUACCAAUGGUGUCGAGCGUGCAGUGUACCAAGUAUGUCAAGAAUUACGGCGGGUCAAUAGUACUAUGUUGGAUAAGACAAUUAUGCAAGCUCUCAAGAAAAAGCUUACUGAAACCAUGACUUCCACGUUCCGAUCUUUCAAACCCGAGUUGACCGAAAAGGGUGCCAUCCAAUUGAUAUUUGACAUGUACUUUGCAAACCUGGUACUUCAAGAUGGCAUUGUUACCGAGGAAAUGAAGCAAUGCAUUGAAAACACAAAGGAACAUAUUGAUCCAAUCAACUGGGCCACUUUUGAACCUCACUUUCUACCAAGCGUUGAACGCUUCUGUUUGAAACAGACCUUGAUUUUGGGUAUAUUGACACGACCUAAUCGGGAAACCUAUGAACGGACACGAAAGACAACAGCUACCUCCAAUCAGCAACAUAAUGUCGUCCCCUUGGCACCACAAGCACCUCGCUUCACACUUUUACCCAUCGGCCACUUGUCACUGAGAGCUUAG